UUGUCAGGCAGACAGCGAGGCUGUGGUGGCCGGCUGUUUCACACAGAGCGUCCGUCUCAGGUAGAGAUCACCAGCACUGUCACCAAGGUUUGGCGCAGACAGCGGCCUUCUGCAAAGCACUGAGAUGGAUGAAAGUACCUUUGAGACGUUUGAGGGAGAUAUAGGUCCUGAGGAGGGUUUGGAGGAGCUGCCAGCGCCAGGGGAGAGCCUCCCCAAGACAACAAAACAGCUCCGCAAUCAAGACACUCCGACUGCAAAGACAGGCAGAGGCCAGUCUAGCGGGGUAUCACGAGAGGUGGAAGGUUUUGAGACAGUAGAGCAAGAAUUGGUCCAAACUCAAGAGACGCCGCUCCCCACGAAGCCAUCUCCCGCUAAACAGAAAGCAAAGAAAGCUGUCCCGGAGAAGCCAGCGAGGAAGGCAGAGCCCAGCGUUGAUGGGCCGGUCUGUGAUGAAGAGCGGUCUCCCUGGAAUGGGAUCACACUGAACCGCUGCCUCGUCGUGGCGACCGUCAUCGUGCUGGUCAGCGUGGGCUUCCAGAUGCUGCAGGAGGCCGUCACUUCCGAAGACGAAGUCAGCGAUCCGGAGUCUGAUGUUCUCUCCUGGUCCGACAGCAACGCAGUGGAAGACAAGACAGAGCAACCAGAGUCCUCGUUCUUCGGCAGCCUGAUGUGGUGGUCCUGGGUCCCGGAGGUAGAGGAUUCAGAGGAGGCUGCGGCUAGAGGAAGGAGAUCGGAGUCGAGACAUGCCAGAGCACGAGGGCGCAGAGAUCAUGAGCAGGAGGGAGGGGGGAGAGGAAGAGCAGAGAAGCACAGGGUGAGGCGCAGAGCAGGGGGGAUCAGGGAGCUCCUGAAGAACAAAGAGGAGAAGAAGGGGGACCGGAAACACGCGGAGAAACCCCCAAAACAGAGGGAGCAAAAGCAGGUGGAGCACAAGCGCAGAGAGGACGGGAUGAGCCCAAAACGACGGGAGGACAGCGACGACGACAAGAAGAGCAGCUCCAAGGGCAACAGGAUGAGUCUCCUCGCAGACAAGGGCGUGCUCAAGAAGGGGGAGCGCGGCAAAUACCAGCUGAAGGGCGGCAAGAGGAACGAUUAACAAAAAGAAAAAAGAGUUUAAAGGGUUUGUGAGGGGGGUGGGAUCGAAUGAUUCUUUUUUUCUAAAUGGCAGUGGGAUGGGAUGGGGUGUGCAUUGGCUAAUAGUUUUGACACUUAAAUAUUGAAAUCUUAAUGCAGGAAUAAUCACCUGUUUCUAAUACUGCGCAGACAGUCUCCUUAAAACAAAAAUAACAAUGUCAUUUUAGAAAAUGAAUGAAAAGCAUUAUGAAAUAGUACACAACGGCGUGGUAUUGAAGGGAGAGGCGGGAGGCAAUGGUAGCUUUCCAGGGAUUAACCUAUCAAAACUGUGAUCAAUAUCGAUGAUUCAGAGAGGAGAGGAGCAGACAGGAAUCAUCCACAAAGGGAGCGAUGGGAAUGCCAAAAAAAAAAAAAAAAGAGAGACUGUAAAAUGAGCUCCUCUUCAUCAAUAUAAAUGAGGAUGCACAUCAAAUGAGCGUCAGGCGGUUUGAUUGGGAAGAGGCUGCUCAUGCGAAUGAGUGUGAAAUCCACUGACUAGGAAUACAAAAUGCUAUUUAAUGUGAAGCGCUUGCUUCAGAGACAGUGGACUUUUACCUCCUGUGUCUGUAUUUGUGAAGCUGCUGUUGAACUAAUAAAAAAACAGAUGCGUGGCCA